AGCGCAGGAAACUGGUAACUUUGUCGUGAAACACUUCACCUAGUGUGACGGCGUUUUGACCAUUUUCUUACCCUAUUCUUCUACUCUUCUCAACUCUCAUCUAGUUUUACUAGCUGUUUACAAAUCUAUUCUAGCUGCCCCUUUUGUGGAUUUUUAGGAUUUUUAGGACCAUCGAUCUCACUCUUCCAGCAGCACGCAGAACAAAAGGUAGGGGUACGAUCAUUAUCUUCAGGAUUUAGAUCUUAAUCUUUUCCGGAUUCUAGAUUUCUAUAACAAGCACGGAUCCUAAAGAAUCUCUCGUCUAAAAGAAGACCUUCAAAUCCUCGCUCAAAAGGAAAUUACAAUAACGAAGUACGUUAUCUUCAUCAACCUUAUUCAAGAGGUAGGACCACAAAGGACUAUACGAGCUGUAUCAAAUACAGUUUUCGCAACGUCAAGAGGUUUCGCACCAAAAAAUACCUCUUUUUUAGGAUUUUCGUUCUAAUCGAGGACACUCAUCAAAUAUCAUGUCGGCAAUUUCGAAGAGUUAUUUGCGGGGCGCUGCCAUCGUUUCCGGGAACUUCACGACCGGGAUCGACACGACCAUGCCGCCCGUUUCUUUCCUGAGAACUCGCGAGAAGGCGGCUAAACCCGAAAAGCAAAAGCCGGUAUUUGCUCCGCGGCCACGUAUCCCCGCAAAUUUAUGUCACCGCGCUUGUGUGAGUAGUUGAACAGUAUGUAGAAUUCUUUCACUCCUGAAGGAGAGAGUGCUCGUCUGAGUAGAUGAAGAAUACUUUCACUCAUCUGAAGAGAAACUACAGGAACGGCAGCAACAGUCCUACCCUUUGGGCUAUUUGUUAGAAGUUUUUGGUUUUGUUUUUCCAGCGCUUGGUGUUGGUCUGUUAGAGCACCAGGAGCCCGUUACUUUUGCCAACCAAGACAAGCUAAAGUGUCCAUGGCCCGGAAAGUCAUGUGUUGCGUUGUAGUUUUCGCACCACAGAGAACCAAUUCUACCGCAGCUUGAUGGAGCCAUGAUAUUCGGUUGUAGAAAACCUCAACCCCUCGACCUCUGAUCCGUCGCGGUGCUCCUUGAUGUCAAGGGGAGUCCGACAGAGCAAGAAGCAAGAGCUCAGGAAACUUUAACCAUUCAUACAGGCAAGCGAAUCAGUAUAAUAAUCAACCGAUUACUGGCAAGACUUUGCUUUGUCCUUAAUCAGUCAAAAAUCUAGUUCAAUCACAUUUGUUAACCGAUUAAUGCGUAAGCUGUUGGGUUUCUUUGUGAGAAAAUGUUUUAUGUGCAUGCGAUUGUAGAGGCCGCCAGGCAAAGUAGCCCUCACUUCCAAAUAAAACCCCUGGCCCAGGACUGCGCCCCGCCUCAGCGUCAUGCGCUCGACCAUUUGCAGGAACCCACCGGCACACGCCUAAGGAAGCGUGGGUCUUGCCCGAUGCCUGCUGGAGAGGUGUUGAAGAGAGUUUUGAAGAUUGUGACGCCGUGUUGUGACGUUUUGGAUUGAGCGGCGCGAACAAGGGGGGAGUGGUUUUAAGCUCAAAGGGGCUAGACAAUGACAUCAAGCUUCGGCAUGUGCUUGCGCAGAAGUUCUGCUCUGUUUCGGUGUGAUCUGUUGUCCUUGCGGGGUCGUUACUCUGUAGCCUCAAGCCUGGCCCAGGAGGUAACUAUAUUCUGGAAGUCCUCGCGCAGAGGUACUGCGGGGUGGUAUUGGCCUGCUCGGUUUUCGUUCGUAAGAUAUUUACCAGAGCUUCAGUCACAGUCGAAAAGCCUGCGCAUGGGCAUGCUCGGCGUGGCCCUCCUUCCCUCAGAAUUUGAGGGCUGUCAUCGAUCCGGCGCGCAGGGGUUCGGGCCGUCACUGAUGGAGUGUUUUGCCGGUUGAGUGAGAUGGGGGGCGCUUCGUUCCUUUUUUGUUUUAGUAGCGGGAGAUUGUAUAUAGCCGUUGUUUUAAUCUUCGUGGAAGAUGUGCCGUGUGCGACUCAUCAUCUUAUCGAAGUGUCGUGGCACUCUUAAUAUUACCUAGUAUACGGCUCUGGAGAAUUCUACUAGAGCUUCUAAAAAGAUUCAAUGUCGAGGUCAAGAGCGGCGAAGACGCUGAUAAGGAGCUCGAAACGCUGACAACCUUUAUGGCGACUCAGGAAGACACGGUGAAGAAGCUGGAGGCGCACUUCAACAACAAAGACAAGAUUGAUCCGUAUGGCCCAGAAGGUCAUGAAAUCAAGUGGUCGCAAAAGACGCUGAAGCGCUACAUUGCGCAGGAGAUCUGGGGAAACAUCAAGGGUCACAUGCUCAACUGCGGAACAAAGAACAUUGGGGACCCCAAAUCGCCCGAAGCAAAGGCUGGUCGCUUAUUAUGGGAACAGUCGUCCAUCGGGGUGGCGAUGGUGACGAACGGGUGGAAGUCGGACGACGCACUUGAGGUCGUCCACGACGGCGCCCGUAUCGACAAACUGGAACUGCUGUCUGCCAGCUCGCUUCAUCCUUUAAUUACUUCUUCAGGCUCGGGCGCUGAGAGUAAAGCUAAAGUUGAUCCAGCUACGGCCGUAGAGACCAUCGCUUUCGGCGUCGGUUGCGACGGUGCCUACGUGAGCACGGGAGUAACGGUCACGAGUUUUUUAAGGCGUCGGGCUAACUUGUUCUUAUAAAUAUAUAAGUAAUAUACAUACAUAGAGUAUUUACUUCUAGAGGCUUGUUCUACCAACCUCAAAUUAAUAUUAAUCGGCUCAGGAAGCUAAUCAAUGCUACUUAAAAGCCCACGGUCACCUCACCCCUCUAAGCUCUAGUGUGUGCGCUAUUAUUUAAAGAAUUUAAACGCGGCAGGGUACGUGACCUUAAAAGGGCCUAGGCUUACAAUCUAGUCCACUCAUCAUCAGAAACAAUUUUUUACUGCAAUUUUUUUCCUUGUGUUUUUAGAUAGUUAGUUGGCUGGUUUCUACUUUGGCCCAGCGAGGGUAUCAGUAUGUGAAAAAUAUAGACCUUAAUGCACUAAUUUCAUUGUUGUCUAAGGUUCACCCGGUAUAGAAGUGGAGUUAGAGUAACACACUUCGUUCUAGGGGCUUUUAUCGUGAUUGGUGGAUAUCUUGUUCACCAAGAGUGUUGCCAAGUGUCAGUCAUCUGCGCUGCGCUACUCGUGGGUGUUUGUGGUGCCGUAUUCCUUGAUAAAGCGGCCACGCGAUCACGCAGCACAUUACUUCUUCAGUUUUAAAUUAAAAGCGUGGAGGAGGCUUCUCCAUGGCCCCGAAAGGUGCGCGCAACUUGCUAGUGUAGAUCGGGCGCGUUUGCAAUUUGCAACGUGCCUCAUAAUGACAUAUGUUUCACGCUGUUGUUGCUGCGCUUUUCUUUAUCGAUCGCGUGGCAGCGAACUCGAUAACCACAUGCCCAGAAAGCGGGCCCAUAAUUCAAGGGCUCGCCACACUGGGCAUAGGUUACUUAGCAAUAGACAGACAAGGCUAACGGCUUCGACGCAGGGCUCUAAGUGGUCACCAAGCUAGCGACGCACGGCUGGCUCGCUUUGAGUGGGCUAAUGCGUAUGCUGUUACAUGGCUAAGCCAGCAGGCUGGCUGUCAUUGUGGCUAAGCUGACAAGCCGAUAGAUAGACCAUGGCGAAGCUAACAAAAAAGCUGGCUAUUGUUAACCUAAGUUACCGACGCGGAGCGGCUAUGGUUACUAAGCUAGCAGACUAGCUGUGGCGAGGCUCGCAAGCUGGUCGCGACGAGGUUAGCAGGCUGGCCAUGCCGCGCUGAGCUAGCAGGGUGGCUACGGCUAAUCUAGCGAGGUGGCUAUGGUAAAGCAGCUAGAAAACUAGCCAUGGCUAAGCAGCUAGAAAGCUAGCCAUGGCUAAGCAGCUAGCAAGCUACCGAUGGCCAAACAGCUAGUGAGGUGAGCUAGCUUUGGCAAAACAGCUAGUGCGCGGUUGGCUUUAGGCUUAGCGAGCCAAGCCGCUAGCAUUAUGGCCAAGCAGCUAGCAGGCGUGCUAGCUUGCUGUGGUAUGGUGAAGCAGCUACCUAGCAAGACGGCUCCCCACCCUGGGCGCCGCGCCCGCGUGUUGUAUUUGGUAGCAGUUUGUUCGGGUCUACUGCUCUCACAGGGAAGCGCGCCACCAGCUCUGUGCCCUGGGCGGAUGUAUAGUAAUUAUCAAAAGCAAUGCGGUCGGCCCAAUUUUUCUCCGGCACGCACUCACACCCACUGACCCCAAGGAAGGGAGGCCAUCUCACAAGCCUGAAAGGGCGGCAAGCGGCUGAGCAGAGUGAGGCCGCCUGGCUAUGGCUAGGCUAGUGGGCUUUACUUAGCAGCUAGGCCAGAGAGCGAAGCAACCUGGUGGCACGGCUGAGGGAGCUUGCGUACUAUGGCGGCGUGGCCUCUGUCUCAACGCACUGCACCCACGAUGGCCUAGGUAGCUGGCUAACUUACUAUGUUGAAGCCCGCGGUGGGGCUCCCCUCUCUACGCUCGCGGUCUAACCAACGAUGGACGCGGACGCACUAAUUAGGUAGUAGCGGGCAGCUUGGUGCGUAUGUAUACGGCUCGCUCCUAAGCAGCUUGCCAGCUUGCUUGGUGCGGGCAAAGCUAGUUGGGCGGCCCUGGCUAAGCCACUCUGUCAACCAACCUGGGCGGCGGGCUAUAGCGUUAGCGAAGCUAGGGGGCUAUGGCCAUGCCAGGUGGCUUGAGCCCAAUACAAUGUCUUGCUGUGAAUUGGGCCUGGGCGCUUGUAUGACUAAUGCAUCUCAAUGGGCUUAGCUAAGUAAAGCAAGGAAGCUAGCACUGGCCUAGAUGGCUCCGCAUUCUGAAGCAAUUUGCCUGGCGACGGUUUCCGCUCAAUCCGUGGCUAUGCAGAGCCGGCGUAGUGGAUUGACAGCUAAUGUUAGGCUGGCGGCUGGAUGGUCAGGGCCGCGCUAGCUGGCAAUAUGUGGCCGAGCUACUGCGAAGCUCGCCGGCUAUAGCUAGUUGGUUAACAACUGUAUCGUGCCCAAGUAGGCACGCGGGCCGCUGGUUGCCAAGCAAGUGGGCAAAGCUAGCGCAUUGGCGGUUUAUGGUGCCGGGACAGGUUGAGUAUUUAACUAAAAUCGCCCGCGGGUCGUCCAAGUUGAACUAGCUGGCUACCUUAGCUUAUGUAUCGCGGCAGGGGUGCUUGCGUGGCCAACGGUGGCGGGGCUUGCUUUGUUCUUUUUUGGUUCUGGUUAUGGUCGGGCCUGCUCAUGUGUUGGCGGAAGCAAGUAAGGGGUAAGCCUGGUAGCCGCGGCUCAGCGAGCUCGCCCGCCUUGCUUGGGCUAUGUAUUGACAAGGCAACCAAAGCGAAGCCCGGCGGCUCCGUGACAUCUGGGUGGGGUCAGCGCGCGUUUGUUAGUUUCACGUGCUGACGGUGUGCGCAUUAUGCUUAUCCAAGACUUUUUUGCCAGUUGACUCUUUCUACGCGAAAUAUAUGCUGCAGCCAGGCUGGUUUGUAUAGCCAAGUAAGCUAACUCCUCUAAGCCACGAAUUCGGUGACAUUCUGCUUAGGCAGACAGACGUUCAGGGGGCUUUCCCUGGCGAAAAAGGCGAGAAGGCGCUCGCGCUCUUCAAGAUGGUACAAGGUUGGUCGGGCUCUUUAAGUACAAGUUGGGACAGCCUCGCUGCAGCUUUCGACGGAACGUGGUGGAAUAACCUGAUCCCAGGAGAGGGCGAUGUUCCUGGCAUGUUUGGAAAAGGUCAGAAAGACAUAGUGAACAAGGUUCUGAGCCUUCCGCCGUUUGUCGCGCGUCCUUGGUUGCAGAGCGAUCACUUGCCGGCAACACUGUACGCGGAAUUGCCGACUGUUGGAGGCUACGAGAGACCCCCGAUUGUGAAACUCCUCAACUGGAAUAUUCUCGGUCGGGGUUUGGUGAGGAUGACGAUGCCGAGUGUGACGAUAUUGGGAAAAAAGGUCGAAAACAUUCAAGCAUUUUUCCAGCUCAUUGCCUUGAGAAAGAAGGUGGGAGAAAUGGCCAACGAGGUUGACACUGAUGAGGUGGACAUUUCAGUUCUUGCUUUUCAAGAAGACCUUUUUGUACAGACAAAGGAUACCGAUACGAAAACUACAACAGUUUAUGACGGGUAUUGGACGAAGAUUUUUGAAGAACACGGUUACACGCCCGCGUUUCUUCCGCAAAAGAGCUGGCACGAUGGUCUGCCUGAAGGAGACAAGCGCCUAGCAGUUGCGGAGCUUACGCUGGAUAAAGCAACUCCAUAUGUGAUUGCGUCAACGUUUUCUCCUUCUCGUACCGAACAAGGUGAAACCGAAUCUCUGACAGGAUCCCCUGAAUUUGACGGUGAGACGCAGGAACUCGUAAUGGGAAACACAGUGUACAUCAAACUCAGCAAAAAAUUCAAGGGGAACGCCGGUUGCGAACCCAUGGUGGCUCAAAGUGGCUGGAACGACCCACAGAAAACGCAUGCCAUGUAUCAGGGUUUCGAUAAGGUUCCCUUUCGGUCGUUGGCGAUUGGGUUUGUUUAUUGCAGUGUAGAUAACACGAUCGUCGCGGCGUUUCCAGUUGGCCACUUGGCAGGUGGCAAGUUCGACGACAAUGAAAUCUUCGAUGGGGUUCUGAAAGGCUUCGGCGCCGAUGAAAACCUCAAAGAGGAGAUGAGGAAACAUAAGGGGUCCAGAGGAACGCCUUGGAAACGUGCCCUCGACGACUUUAAGAAUAACGAAAACAACGACGAAAAGACCAAGGAGAAGAAGAUGGCAAAUCUUCCCACGACCGAAGGCGGGGAGCUGUACUAUCAAGGGGCGGGAAAUCUGGUCCGCACAAUGGUGAAAGCGUUUGUUCAGAAAGUUUAUGAAGCUGCCGCUGAGCUCACACUCCCCAACGGGGGCAAACUGAUGACUGAUGGGAAGACCCCUAUUCCACUUAUUCUCCCGAUGGACAUGAACACGAAGCCGGACAUGCGGUACUUUUUGGACGAGGCCAAAAAGGCGUUAGGCGGAGCAAAGGCGAUCAGUGAAGCUGUCGCGAAGGUGGAGACGCAUGGCCCGGAUAAGAGUGUCUUGCUAGCCCAGAGGACUGCGAUCAAGCAGUUCAAGUUGGAGAAAGAAGAGCAAGACCAGAACGAGGCAAAGCCACCCACGGAAUAGAAAUGGCCGGCCUUGGUGUAGAGACUGCCAAGUGCGACCACGAGAGUAGAAGCUGAGAUUAAGACUUGUUUGAUACUCAUAUUUGAUAAGACAUGAUCUCCCUUCCUCCACGUUCUUAUUUUAUAAAAAAUAUAAUAAGUCGACCGAGGCAUUCUUCUGCAAAUUAUUUUAUCUAGUUAGGUCUGCUGACCGUAUACUCUAUUUAGUUCUUCUUUCGAUACCUUCUCCUUCAGUGUAGUUCCAGUAGUAGUUGUCGAAUAGCUUCACUGGUUGAGAACUGGAGGGAACAAUCAUGUCGAUCCUGAAUAGGAAGAACAUCAGGAGCGCGAGCGACCAUCCCUUUAUUCCGACGUUCUCAACCAAUCGAACGAUUCACAAAACACUCCCUAGCAUACGCGUAUUUCCUUUUUAUCUUCUGGCGCGGUCGUUUUUGAUUAUGUAUUUGUCUAGUACUCAAAACAGUGUUAUUUUAUACCGCUAUUGGUUUAGUUUUUUUUCAUUAUUAUUUGCAGGGACUUUGACCAAUGAUUGUGUGUAUGACCUACUCCUACACCAGCCAUCUCUAAUAGACACGAACGAGAAAAAAUAGAAGCGCGGGAGGCGCAAAGAGAGAUGAAGACGUUGACUCCUGGAAACUGCAGAGGACGCAGAAGAAGUAGACGGAAGACAGAGAAAGGGGAGCAUCGUUGUGCUAGAAAAGAAUAGUUCGUGACUGUAUGCUGUGAAUAGAAGAAUUGAGUUUUGUUGUAAAAAACUUUGUGACUGGAAACAGGGUGGACGUGGUUGUAGUUUGAUAAGAGGAGCUCGCGUAUGAAAAUAGAUGAAGAUUUUAGUCCUCAAAGUGGAGGAAUCGACUACUUCGUACUUCUUGGGAUUUCCAUUCACGUGAUCACUACUGUACUGCUACGUACUCCGUCCGCCGUUAUUUGAUAGAUGGCCAUCAGCUGCACCUACAUGCGUAAGUACUCAUCUGCGUAAUGUAUCUCAAUUUUUGCCAUUAAAGGAGAUCUAUAACGGCUUGACUUUUCUGUUUGUUCGAAGGGAUAGAGAAAAAAGCUUGCUUGAUGACGACGGACGGCGACGUAGUUUCUCUUGUAGUGAUUUAUGUAGCACUAUGUGUAGAAGUGUCUAUGUCAUUGAGCCCGGAUGGCAUUUGGUUGCACUUAGCUGCUGUUUCAGCACGAGCAUCAUGUCUAAGUAAAAAUAGUAGUGACCCACUAGUAUGUCUAUUAAUAUUACAGUCAUAGCAUUGACCUACAAUUUGUACGUAUUAUAUAAGCAUCUGCCUCGGAACGUUCUCCAGUAGAACGGGAUGCAGGAAGAAGCGCCUUGAUGUUUUUCAAGCAAGAAGAUCAAAGGUCGCGAUGUUGAUAUAUAUUCAUGUUUAUACUGAAUUGCGUUAGUACCUCAAUGGGAUACGAAAUAAUGAACGGAAAUCGUCAUUAUUAUUUGGGAAAUAAUUUUUUAAGAAAAUAAACCUGGAUGCGUCGUAGCGCCCCUUGAUUUCAAGGAAGGCCACGGAAGAUCAAGAAACGACAGAUCAUCCACGAAAUUUGGUUUAUUGAUAGAACUAGAAAUGGCGCUGCAGUUGCUAGGUUUCUUCAA